AUGAAGCUUCUCGCCACCAUCACUUUCCUCGUUUCUACCCUCUCGGCCGUGGCUCUUGCCAGCCCUCAACGUGGUGGAGGCGGCCGUCCUGGCCGUCCUACAAUCACCCAAACCGCCACUGGCACGACAACUAGCACGACAACAAUUUCGUCGUCAACGACUUCCUCGGCCACUUCUCCCACCGCGACCUGCCUUGAUUCCAGCUCGGCUGAAUAUCUCGUCAACGGAUUCGCCUCGCUCCUGACCGCCUACAGCAACGCAACUGCCGAAGCUCUUCUCGCCUCGAACUUCACUGAUACUUCCGACUCGAUCAACUUUCUGGUGGGUAACCCAUUGGGCAGCGUCACCUUCCCAUCCAAGGCUGCUUUCGAGGCCGGUCAAGGCUCUCAGCCCCCUAUUGGCUUUACAAUUCUCAACAUUGACGCUGUGACUUGCGAUGUGAUUGCAUUCCGUUGGGCCGCGACCUUGGGCCCCGACGCCCCAGUCAAGGGUAUCAAUAUCCUUUACGCAAGCAACCUCAACGGCACGGCAGCCGGAUGGCAAGUCAAGACGGUGUACUCAGAGUUCAACUCUGGUACCUGGAGUCAGGAAAUUGGUGGUGUCUGCGCGUAA